AUGUCUUUUCCACCCAAGCGAUCUUUUGACUUACCUUCGACGCAAUAUGCAACGUCGAGUAUGAAGUCAGGCUCUAACCAAGUAGAUUUACCAGAUCUACGCGAAUAUGGCGAGACACUUGAUGCCUCGAUAGACAAACUUGCUUGGACUUUAACGCCGUUGCUUGAGACUCCUCUCAGUGAAACUUGUGCGAAAUUGGAUCUUAUUGAACGGGCAAAAUUGCACGCGAUGCAUGCACAAAUGGUUUCUUCGUUGAUAGCCAUUUAUCUUCGAAUUUCUGGAAUUGACCCAUCAGCACCACAUCCAAUAAAGGAACAAAUGGACCGCGUUAUACAAUAUGGCGCAAAAAUAGCCCAUACACUGAAUCCACCAAAACCUACCUUAAGAAUAGAUAAUACAGCGGCAGCUCGAUUCAUAUUACGGGGUGUAAAAAAUCCUGAGCGAAAAAAUGUUGAUUCUGAAUCUCCGAAACAUGAUCGAUAUCGAUAUGAUGAUUCUAAAGACAGCCCAAGACGGCGUCCAAGAUCGAGAUCCAGAUCACGCUCACCUCGUCGCUACAGGGAUGAAGAUGAAAGGCGCGAUAGAAGGAAUCGUUAUCAAGGAUCCAUUUCGAGAAACAAAAGAUAA